UUUUAGCAGAGUAUGCUUCUCUGUUAGAUUAUUCCAGAUUUCUAGAAGGUCAGAGGAUGUAGCUUGCUGGGAUGUGAACAAUAUAACAUGUAUUGCAGUAGAGGCUAGAAUGAUCUAAGAGGCCUAGGAACAAUAGUAUAGUAUGUCGUGCAUAAGGAAAAAAAACCCCUAGAAAUAAUCCAACAGCUGUAAAAGUUUCUGGUUUGAAUUUGGAGAAUGUUGGUGGUUUGUGUUUAUUGGGGUUUUUGGGGGUUUGUUUGUUUAUUUGUUGAAGUGUACAUUUUGGAACCAUCUUCUACAGGAGCAUGCUAAUGGGAAGAGGAGAGAGAUCAUAUGAUCCAGAAACUGUAGAGAUUAAUAUUCCUUAGGAUUGGCCUAGUAAUUAAUUAACAGAUUGUUUGCAAAUCUCCUCCACUUCGCCUGUUUCCGUAUCGGCUGUUUUGGUUAAAAGAGGUGCCUUAAAUUAACCUUCAGGACACUCAGACUGACGUGCAAGCAGAGCCUGUAAGGAAAAGAUCUCUCUCUGAAAAUGGCGGAAGCUCAUCAGGCAGUAGCUUUUCAGUUUACAGUAACUCCAGAUGGGAUUGACCUGCGUAUGAGCCAUGAGGCACUCAAACAGAUUUACCUGUCUGGUGUCUAUUCAUGGAAGAAGAAGUUCAUCAGAUUCAAGAACGGAAUUAUCACCGGUGUUUACCCUGCUAGCCCAUCUAGUUGGCUCAUUGUAGUUGUGGGUGUGAUGUCAACCAUGUAUGCUAAAAUUGAUCCUUCCUUAGGGAUAAUAGCCAAGAUCAACAGAACACUUGAUACAACUGGCUAUAUGUCAAACCAAACACAGAACAUUGUGAGUGGAGUACUUUUUGGCACAGGGCUUUGGGUUGCCCUUAUCGUCACAAUGCGCUACUCCCUGAAAAUGCUGCUCUCCUACCAUGGUUGGAUUUUCUCUGAGCAUGGCAAGCUUAGUGCUGGCACCAAGUUUUGGAUGACCCUUGUAAAACUUUUCUCAGGGCGUAAACCCAUGUUAUACAGUUUCCAGACAUCUUUACCACGAUUGCCAGUUCCAGCUGUUAAAGACACAGUUAAUAGGUAUCUGGAGUCAGUUCGACCACUUAUGGAUGAUGAAAAGUUCAAAAGAAUGGAGGGUCUUGCCAAAGAUUUUGCUUUUAAUUUGGGACCAAGGCUUCAGUGGUAUUUGAAGCUAAAAUCCUGGUGGGCCACCAAUUAUGUUAGUGAUUGGUGGGAAGAAUACAUCUACCUUAGGGGACGUGGACCAAUCAUGGUUAAUAGCAACUAUUUUGCAAUGGACUUCCUUUCUUUACGUCCCACAACCCUGCAGGCAGCUAGAGCUGGUAAUGUUAUCCAUGCCAUCCUGCUCUAUCGGAAAAAACUGGACAGACAAGAAAUCAAACCAAUUCUUUUGAUGGGAUCCACUGUUCCGCUCUGCUCAGCUCAGUGGGAAAGGAUGUUUAAUACUUCCCGUAUCCCGGGAGAGGAAUCAGAUACCCUCCAGCAUGUGAAAGACAGCAAACACAUUGUUGUGUACCACAAGGGCCGUUACUUCAAAGUGUGGCUGUACCAUGAUGGCAGAUUGUUGAGACCCCGAGAAAUUGAACAGCAAAUACAGAGAAUUCUUGAGGAUGAUUCAGAACCUCAGCCUGGUGAAGAGAAACUUGCAGCUCUUACUGCAGGAGAUAGAGUACCAUGGGCUAAGGCUCGUCAGGCUUAUUUUAGCCGUGGAAAGAACAAGCAGUCCUUAGAUGCUAUUGAGAAAGCAGCAUUUUUUGUGACAUUGGAUGACAUGGAGCAGGGGUACAAGAAGGAGGACCCAGUGAAGUCACUGAAUGCAUAUGCAAAAUCAUUGAUACAUGGCAAAUGUUAUGACAGGUGGUUUGAUAAGACAUUCACUCUUAUAAUAUUCAAAAAUGGCAAAAUGGGUCUGAAUGCAGAGCACUCCUGGGCAGAUGCUCCUAUUGUUGGACACCUGUGGGAGAAUGUGAUGGCAACUGAGUAUCUUGAACUGGGCUAUUCAGUAGAUGGACACUGCAGAGGAGAUCCCAAUCCCAAUAUUCCCAUUCCUACCAAACUGCAAUGGGAAAUUCCAGAAGAAUGCCAAGAAGUGAUUGAGAAGUCUCUGAGCACUGCUGUAGCUCUAGCAGAUGAUGUGGACUUCUGUUCAUUUUGUUUUGAUACUUUUGGGAAAGGACUAAUAAAGAAAGUGAAAACCAGCCCUGAUGCCUUUGUGCAGCUUGCCCUGCAGCUCGCUCACUACCGGGAUAUGGGAAAGUUUUCUCUAACAUAUGAAGCAUCCAUGACACGCCUGUUCCGAGAGGGCAGGACCGAAACGGUUCGCUCGUGCACGGUGGAGUCCUGUCGUUUUGUCCGAGCCAUGGAAGACCCCACUGAAAGUAGGGAAAGUACGCUGAAGUUUUUCCGGCAGGCAGCUGACAAGCACCAGCACUUGUAUCGCCUCGCCAUGACGGGGGCGGGCAUUGACCGCCACCUCUUCUGCCUCUACGUCGUGUCCAAGUACCUCGCUGUAGAUUCUCCUUUCCUCAGGGAAGUUUUGUCAGAACCUUGGAGACUCUCAACGAGUCAGACACCCCAGCAGCACAUUGAUCUGAAGAAGAACCCGGAGAUGUUGUCCUCUGGUGGAGGGUUUGGACCGGUGGCUGAUGAUGGUUAUGGUGUUUCUUACAUGAUCUUGGGUGAAAAUUUAAUCAAUUUCCAUGUCUCCAGCAAAAUAUCUUGUUCUGAGACGGAUUCUCAUCGCUUUGGAAAGAACAUUGAGAAGGCACUGGUUGACAUCAUGGCUUUAUUUAACCUCAGUAAAAACUGUACCAAGUGACCUGCUUGCUUGAUGCCAAGCAAUCUCCUCUUGGUGGGAUGAGGACUCUGCUGCUCAGUGAACAAGGUUUGUUGAAGAGUAGCUGGAGAAGAAGCUGAGUCAGCACCUUCUUGAUCACCUAUUAAAACCUUAGGCAGUAUAUUAAAUGUGUCUUUUUUGUUGUGGUUUGUUUUGGGUUUUUUUUUUUGUUAGUAGUAUGAAAGAGCUUAUUUCAACAAAGGAUUACUUCUAAAAUCUUCUGUGUUUCUAGGGAGGAAGCAUAGUAUCAAUGCAUGAAGGCAUGUAUAUUCUAACUUCUGCAGUUUUCUCUUAAUUUGUGUACACUUUCUCUUUUUUUUUUAACUUUAAAUUAGUUUACUUGUUUCCAGAAUCAAAGGGAUAAAACACACCGACUUAUAUACUAGAAAAAGUUAGAUUUGCUACAUAUUAAUAGCAGAAUGUUCUUCAAUGUAUCUGCUGCUUUAUGUAAAUGAGUGACAAAACUUGAGGCCAUUUGCCUUCCUUGGUUUCUUUUUAGAGGUAUUUUCUGUAAACCAUACCAAAAAUCACUGCUAUAACCCACCUAAACACACUAAGUUGAAGAAAUGUUAUGGUUUUUGAAAAGCAAAAAAAAAAAUGAGACCCAGCCAUUGGAUAGUACAAUGUGUCCCCUCAUUAGCAGGUAUCACAUUUUUCUUACUGCUUGCAAGCCUGUUUGUGACGUUGAUUUUAUUUCUGUAUAAUAAAUGGACCUGUGUACUUGUUCAUGCAAGUGCCUUAGAAAAACAAAGAUCCUUAGCCCAGGAAAAAGGCAUAUGCUGGGAAGUUGUUUCAGUGGUGAAAGAGGGAAGGUUGUAGUAAUGCAGAUCUGGUUUUCAAAUUACAAAUUAGGAUGAAGUGGCAUAAGCAGAUGUGAAUAUGUUGCCAAAUGGUGCAGUCAGGUUUAAAAUUCUAGUGAAAUGCUCCUAUCUUAAAUAGCAAAGGUGGAUGCUUAGGAAGGGCAGGACUAACUUUGUUGGGGAUUAACAGAUAUUCAUGUGUUUGUUUUGGUGAGUGGAAUUGGUGGUCACUCGGGUUUCUGGGCCCUGGGAAAUGUUAAUUGAGUUGAAUGCAACCUGUUGGAAAUCCUGCAAAGCAGGGCUGCCCGUGGGGCUGAUGGAUUGCAGUUUGCCUGGGAGGACACUGCUGCCUUGGCAGCCACCUGCAUGAGAAGGGCAAACUGCUGAAGCCAUGGGAAAUAGCUCCAGAGUGGGAAAGUCAUGGCCUUCUCAACCCCUCCUGGGAGAUGCUCUCGGUCAAGCAGUUCCUGAAGGAUACAGGUAGGGAGGGGAAGCUUUUUCACUCAAAAAGGAGCAUGGUGUUUCCAAGUGCAGAAAUAAAACAGCUGCUACCAAAUGGAGUAACUUUUGCAUGAUGCUUCUCUUCCCUGGGCUUUAUAGGUGUGGUACCUUUUUUACAUCCUACAGUGCAGUAAAGUGUACUUGUUAGCACAAUCAUUUUUUUAUUAUUAUUAUUAUUUUGUAUAAGGUACAUGAUGGUUACUGAUACAGUGAAUGAUGCUCCUGAGCUCUGCUGAGUUUAAAAGACCCUUGGGGUGGAUAUAAAACUUCUCAUUAGACUUUGAAUGUUUUCUGGCCAGUAUCUCUAACUUUCUAUGCCUCUUCAUGCUUAAUUUUACUCUGAUCUAGCUGUUAAAACACCUGUGUAUGUAUGCUUGGGGUGGGAACCCUCAAAAAUCCAAGAUGCAUACUUUAGCAACUGCAUGCUUACAUAAAUGUGGGAAUCCUGACAGGAACUGAUCAAAGACACUCAUUAUUUGAUUAGGUACAGUAUGUGGGAAAGGACACUUGGAAAUAAGCCUUACUGCAUCUGGCAGGCCUGGCACUUACCAAGCUACUGCAACAAUUUUAUAGUGAUCUAUUUUUGGAGCUGCAGAAAUAAUGCACUGGGGGUUUUGGGGGUUGUUUUGGUGUUGGUUUUUUUUUUUUAAUUGACCACUGACCAGUCUGUGUUUAAAUUAACAUAUUAGCUUUUAGGAUUUUCUUAAAAAAAAAGGUUUAGAUUUGACUCUCAGGUCUUAAGUGUUUCUAGUCUAAUUGUAGUUAGUGCAGUUUUGCAUUCUUGGAGAGUAAGUAUGAUUGGCACAGAAAGCUGUUUUUUAUUGUAAAUGUUUCAAAUGUUUUGUGGUGUUAAAUGUAUCUUUUUAAAUUUUGGAAUAGAUAUAGUUCCUGAACAGAUAAUAUUUUAUUUCUUUUUCUUUAAAAUGUCAGCAGCAUGUAAAUAAAAUUUGCUUUUUGGAUGUAAAUCUUAGAAAUCCACAGUGAAUGUAGGUUAUUAAUAAAUAAUUUAAAUCUUGUUGUUGAAUAUUGUGUACAUACAGUAAAACUGCUUGGGGUUUUUUUUGCUCAAAGCCAUAGGAAUGUAACUGAAAUUACCUAGAUUUGAAUGAACCUUCUACUACAGUGUAUUUUAUUGUAAAGUUAAAUGUUCAUAUUCCAGUAAAACUGCUAAUUUGUUACUAAAGCCUUGAAUCAUUGAUUCUCAAUUAAUUCUUUAGGAGAUCAAACUUAGGGUUGAGGAGGUGGCUAAAAGCCAGGUUGGAUGAUAAUAAUUUUUUCUGUUUAUGAAAUGUCAGUGUGGAAUUGGUGGAAUAUACCUUGAGUAUUUUUCAAGUUUAUUAUAUCAGCUAUUUCAUGGCAGAAGUUUGGAAAGCAUGGAGUCCAUUUACAGGGUACCAUUGUUUGGGAUUAAUACUGUUCCCAGCUGAAUAUUCUUUUAAGGCUUGAGGCUUUUGAGAGACUAGGGAAGUGCGUGCCUGACCUUGAAAAUCAUGGUUCUAGUUCAGCCUUUGUACCAAUUGUUUUCUCAUGUGAAAUGUAUUAAUUUAAAGUAGCAGGUUUUUUUUUAUCUUGUUUAGUUACUUUACAUUUGUUGUUGGUUAUUUACGUCCAACACUUUGUCUCUAUUUUCUACUUUCUUCUGUGACUUCAAAACAUGAAAUAAAAUUUCACAACUACCACUA